AUGUGGUUUUGUGUUGCGCAGGUCCGCGCGGCAGUUCUCCUGUACAACUACUACUAUAGGAAACAGUUCCCGCAGCUCGAGUUUGCCAACCCCGAUCGGUUCUGCCUGUGCGCCUCGCUCAACGUUAGCAACAAAAAUCUGCUCAUGUACCUGAACCAGGCGCACAACCGCCUUGGCAACGGAGUGGGGGCCGGGCUCUCGGUUACUGACAAGGCAAUCAUCGACGCCUGUGACACUGCCGAGGCGCUUGACCCCACGAAGGACUCCCCCGAGAUGAUCAUGUGGCCGAUCUCCAAGGUCGCAGUUCUGCUUCUCAAUCGGACAAAGAAAGUGUGCUUGCUCGAGCACGGAUCCGAAACUAAGGGCGUCUGGUCGAUGUUUGAGAAAGAUAUCAAGACGGCGUUGUUUGAGAAAGAUAUCAAGGCAGCAUUAGGUGGUUUGCUCAGCAGUGGCAUGUCAGUGCAGGGGUCGAGUAAUAAAUCCAUGGCACUUCCUUCUGAACCAUACGUGCUUCAGCAGAAUGCAUAUUCAGAGGUGGAGCUCAAAACAGGUAUGAAGCGUACAAAUGUACGUUUUAUCGAAGAACAUCGGGUGUACUCACUAAGUAAGAAAGGGACAUCUACCAUAUUGUUCCAUCUGCACUAUGAUCAGACUGUCGAUAGCAAGCUUAAGGAAAUGCCUUUAGAUGCCCUGAUCGAAAGGAUGAGUGGUCCUAUAUUUGAAAGUGGUCCGUACCCAACAACGACAUCUGUUGUUGAAUGCUAUUAUUUACUGCCAUAUAAGGAGGUCUUGUUAGACGUCCUGGACAGGGACUGGCCUUUGGGUUCUUCUGAGCGCGCCAAAAGGAGCUGGAAAAAAUUAACCACGGACGUUUCAACUCCAAAGAAAAAUAAGCAGGUAGUAAAAGCAGUUGGUGAUAGUGGCGCCAACAACUGCAGCACCAGCACAAACAGAAAAGACAGCAACACGAACUGCAAAAGAAAAUCUGAAGCCUUCAAGACUAAAGUUGCUACCUACGCAGCAGAGCACGGGGAUGGUCAGAGCCCCACAAAAGGCUUACAAGCCAGUGUCCAAAUGGACAAGAACAGAACAGAGAAGAACUCUAAAAGUAGAAAUGUCCCCAAGAUAUCAUUCCGGUAA